GACUGAUGAAUGGCCAGGCUGUCAGGGAAACGAAACUACGAAGUGAAAGUAAAUCGGCAUCGUCGCCGCGUUUCCGGGGCCAGGCUGCAAGCGGUACAACCAUGGCCACAGGACGAGCUGCCAAGUCUGAGAAAACAAUUGUGGUCUCUGGUAUUCCAGAUGGCAUUGUGAAAGAUGAUGUCAUGGCUGACAUAUUGAUGAUUCAUUUCCAAAAGCCGAAGAAUAGGGGUGGAGACGUGAAGGAUGUAGUUUAUCCAACAACAGUAAAAGGAGUUGCAUACAUAAUCUUUGAAGAUCAAGAAGUUACAGAGAAUGUUCUCCAGAAAGAUGAACACAGACUAGAGGACAAGAGGCUGGGCAGGUAUUAUCCUCUGAAAAUAUCUCUCUAUAGUGACAUGUUUUCACCUGUGUCUCGUCCUGUUCUUGAUUUGUCCAUUUUUGGAGAUAAAUACAUUUUGGACAGAUCUGGUGCAGGAGCUUCAGAAGACUAUCCAGCCUUGAGCUUCCGUCCUUUGCAUCCAAUGGGCAAAUUUCUGUUCAAGGGUUCAUUCCCAGCAAUCAAGUCACCUAAAGACAAUUUGUUAUUAAACAAAUUCCUUUCCAGGAAGGGCAAGAGGGGAGAGAGAAAGCCGGAUCAAAGACCUAACAGCAGGACCGAGAAGUGUGGACUAUUUGUGGAGCCAAAUAAUACUUUUGUCCAUAAUGUAAACAGGGAAGAACAGGUGGUUGUCCUUGACACAGAUAUAUACUGCUACAUGAAACGUUUUUUAUACAAGGAAAGUCUGGCAAAAUUACAAUUUGUAAGUCGUGGAGUCACAGAUGGUGAGAUCACCACAAUAUAUCUAGAAAAUGCCAGCGCAAGUUCUGAUUCUAGAGAGUUAGAAAGAGCCAAAGAGGAAAUUGAUUUGUCUGCAAAACUUCAUUGCAGAUUACGUAAAGAAAGAUUCUCUUUGAUGGCAAACACCAGGUCUGAAAGGCUGAAAUAUAAACGAGCAUUUGAGAGCAUAAAAUCUCGAUUCCCCAAAGUUCUGGUUAUUCAUUAUGAUACUCACAUUGAUGUGAUAGGAAGUUCCUCUGAGACAUAUGAGUUUACCCAAGAAGUGGUUAGAACAGUAAAAAGCCACUUCCAAAAGAGAUUCAGGAGGUAGGAGUUGUUUAGGUGCUGUAGGUGAUGCCUGCGAGCUAGGACUUCCUGAGAGCGACAUCUGGUCACCAAAGUAUAGUCUCCCAAGGGAGUGGUAGGAGCCCUAUUGCUGGGGACUUUUUGUAAAGGAGGUUUUCCACUUCUAUAACUUCCAGCGAGGGAUUUCAAAGCACUUUGCAAACUUCAAUUAAUUAGGGCCCAAUCCUGCUCCCAUUAGAGUUUUGCCAUUGACUUCACACAGCACCCUAAUAGUAUUAGGAGCAUCAUUUUACAUGUUGUGGUUUCUCCAUCAUUAAAAGAAAAUGCAGACCCUUCUACAUCACUGCUGAUGCAGUCCUACAAUAUGUGCACAAGCAGUUCUCACAGUACAGGAAGCAUGGACACUAAGACAAAAGUCUCAAAUACUGACUUAAAUUUCAGACAAGUAGCAAAUGAUCUGUUCAUGCAUCUGGUGAAAUUAAAGGGCGUAGAAGUUAGUUUUCAUAGUGAAUGGACCAUCCCUGUUUUUUGGUCUCUACUCACAACAAACGAGUGCCUCUUGUGGCUAUAUUAACAUACGCUCUUUUUAUGCAUGUUUUUGUUUAAUAAGUCACUUAGUUUUACAUGUAAAACAUGUUUUGAUAAACUUUUUUCGUUCUA